UGCUGCCUCCACCACCACCCGCCCGGUAUUCUCUGUAGCCCAGGCUGGGAAGCGUGCGGCCCCCACGGCCUGGAGCGAGGCGCCCCCUUGGAGAAGUCUUCUUGAUUCGCUCCCCGAGCGCCUCAGUCUCUGAGAUCCCGGCGCGCUGCACGCCGCUCUCCUGUCCCAGCUCCUUCAAAGUCCUUAAAGUACCUGCAGCAAGUGGGACCACGUGGCAGCUGCCCGGGCUCCGUGUGUAGCACAGGCAGCUGAGAACAGGACAAUUUUAUGGGGUGCAGCUGAACUAGACCAGCUGUUUGUUCCCAGAAUUAAAGCAGAUGGAAGAGGCAACACCAAAUAACUAGAGGCCAAGUCAAGUGACUGUUAUCCUAUGGACGCAGUGGUAUUACCAUUGCCUGAACCCGGAGAGCAUCGAUGCAAUAAAAAGGGCGGGCAAAUCUGCCCUGAUGAACCAGUAUGUUAACAACCGCUUCAGCAGUCGCUACAGAGCCACCAUUGGAGCAGAUUUCCUCAGCAAGGAAGUAAACAUUGAUGGACGCAAACUGACCGUGCAGAUUUGGGACACAGCUGGUACAGAAAGGUUCCAAGCCCUGGGGACUGCCCUCUACCGGGGGUCAGACUGCUGCCUUCUCGUCUUCGAUGUCACAUCCGUCAGCUCUUUCCACGCCCUGGAGAAGUGGCACAAGCAGCUCCUGUUGCAGAUUGAGCCAGAGGAAGAGCCCACUUUCCCCACUGCUGUCAUUGGGAACAAGAUGGACCUGGAGAACCGUGAGGUGUCUUCUGAGGAAGCAGAAAUGUGGAGCAAGCUUCAUGAAGCCAAAUACUUUGAAACCAGCGCCAAGGAAGCCACCAACGUGCAGGAGGUGUUUGAGUGGGCCAUACGGGCCGUACUAAAGAAUCGGAGGGUACCUGAAGAGCCACAACCGGACUCAGUUCACCUGGAGACCAGGCCACCAGAAGGGGCAGCCAGAGAGAAGUGUAGCUGCUGAUCUGACCAAAUACAGAUGGGAAGAUUCCUUCUGUCUGAGGGGGUGGGCUCUUCAUGCUCUGCAACCCCGAAGGGUGAAAGUGCAACCCCACAGAACAGCCCCAAGGACAUUUGGCAAGGCUGCAGCACACAGCUUCUGGAGCUGGAUCCCAAGGUAGACCUUUGUUCUCUGGAUGACAGCCUAGCACACUUGGGAGAGCUGGAUCAUAUCCCAGGCUACUCUUCCCAAGCACAUGGAAAUAAAGCUGAAUACCAAUA